UGGUUGUAGUUUUCAUUAAUCCCGCUUCCCUUAGAGAAUCCCGUUCAGCUUGCAAUAAAAAGACUACAUUACCCAGCAUCCAGUGCGAAACUGGCGUUUCUUGUUCUACGUUUAAACGGUUUGACAGGAUGCCAGGUUUAGUUAACGAUUCAGGUGUGAAUGAUCAUGACCAAGCCAUAACUGAAGCUCUGGAGCAAUUUUGCAACUCCCCGGAGCAAACAUAUGCGCAAUUCCUGUCCACCUUCACGUAUUUGACCCCAGAGAAUGUGAGGGAUCCGGGAUUGACUGCUCCUGGAGGACAUGAAGACCCAUCCCAGAGAGAGAUGGACAGCAGCCGAGAGCGACUAAGAGAGGAUGAAGUGACAGAGAUGGAGGAGAGCGUAUACCAAAGGAUGGGACAGGCGAAUCGCUGCUCACCGACUGCUGAUCAGGAAGAGGUGCUGCUGGAUGGCGGUUGUGUUGGAGGAAGACUGGGCGGCCCAUCAAACUCUGUUCCAGACAGACCUGUGAAGUUUGAUAAUUAUCUGGGAGAUUCAGAGGAUGAAGAGGAAAAUGCUGACACUACAGGCACAUAUACGCUGCCAGGUGAGAUUGAAGAAGAUCUGAUAGCUGUCUCCUCUUCAUCGCUCUGUCGCCACACACUGCUGGAGAUCUCCUCUACUUUCACAGACCAGAGGACACACACUCCCAGUGCAGCUGAGAACCAGGAUGAAAGCGAGGAGGUUGUUCCUUUCCAUCUGGAUGAGAACUUUGAUUACGACAAUGUUGUGCUGUCUUGCAAAUACGCCAUCCAGGAACAGAGCAGCAGACCAUCUUGAGCUGUAAAUGAGUAUAAAACUGGCAAACACUUUUAAAAACGGAGUUUUACAGAGUAAAGUCUUUGUUAACAUGAUAGAGAGGUUUUUAUUGUGCCAAAAAAACUAGAGGGAAGACAGAUUGGCUGUUUUGAAUGAUAAUUCUGCAAUUUGUAGCAUCUGUACUACUCAAUAAAUUAUGUUAGUGUUUUCAAAGACACAAUUAAAUGUAAUACACU